UCACGUCGAAGGGAGGAAUGUUCAUACAAUGAGGGUCUGUGUGUGGACGGAGGCUCCGCCGCUGCCUCGGCGCACCGCUCGGACGGACUGAAGCUGCUGAUGGACUAGUUCAGACGGAUAUCUGAUCGGACUGGGCGACGUCUCUUGGCGCGGUCGGCGGCGAGGAGCCGGGGGGGACUUGCAAUUUCACAAAGCCAGACCCCCUUUUUUGUUCGGUCCGGUUGGAGAGAGAGAGAGAGAGAGAGAGAGAGAGAGAGGGAGAGAGAGAGGGAGAGGGAGGGAGACGCACGGAGAAGACUAAUUUCCUAAACAAAAUGCCGUGAGUCGUGAAGUUUUCCUGCGGUCCGUGCGUUUUGUGGAUUCUUCAGGGUUUUUUUUGUUCGUGCGACCGAUCGCUUCCUACUUUGACGACACUGGGCAGCGCUACUGCUCCCCCCCCCCGUCGGUUCAGUAAGUGUGCCCCCACACCUCGAGACGACAGGGGGAAUGAAACCAUCGGGGCUCGCAGUGACUAGAAUGUGUCCGUGAUCGCGAGGCGGAGGCGCGGGCUCCUUCCCGCGGUGUGAGCGCGCCGUCUCCGCGCCUUCGUUCAGUCGUUACACUUGGGUUUUUCUUUUUCUGUUUUUUUCUCCCUUUUUUUUAUUAUGAGAAGCUGACACCCUGGAGGAGGAGAUCACUCAUGCCAUUCUGCGACACUCCGUGGAACAUGAGUUCACACUGACCCCCGUCUUACUUUGUAGGCGAGCAUUUUUUUUGUCUUCCGUCUUCUAAUCCAUAUAACAUUGUUGUACGUUCGGCGAAAGAAUUGCGCAAAAGUAUCCGUGUCUGAAGUGAGUUUGUGCGUACACAGUCUAGUACCCCCCCCCCCCACAUGGGAUCGUAGCCGAGUCCACACGCAUUGUUUCCCUCCAUGCCCGCAGCCUGCUGUGGUCCAUUCUAAGCUCAGCGGACCUCAGUCGCCAAACUUGCCGGCGGACCCGCGGGCAUGGGAGAGGCGACCCCCGCCCAGUCUGCUUCGGGCGCAUUCGUGCCCAUGCUGGGUGUGGGUCUGGGGGGCAUGCCCGGCGGCGCGGCCGGCGGGCCCGGGGCGGCCGCCUCCCGGGGCUCCGCGGUGCCACAGCUGCACAACGCCAUCGUGGAGCGGCUGCGCGCCCGCAUCGAGCUGUGCCGGCGGCACCACUCCACCUGCGAGAGCCGCUACCAGCGGGGCCAGGCCGAGAGCUCCGACCGCGAGCACGAGAGCACGCUGCACCUGCUCAACAUCGUCCACCAGGGGCCCGGCAGCCGCAAGACCAAGGGCGGCCGGGCGGCCAACCAGCAGCCCCCGGAGUACAGCAGGUCCAACGGGGAGCAGAAGGGCGCCGAGGGCGCGCAGAAGAGCUCCACGCGCAUAGCGCUCCAAGGAUCUUUGCGAAGGAAGAUCGAGGGGCAUGCACCAGGACACCUCCCGAAGCAGAAUGGGCUAUCCUGCAGUUUCUCAGGACCCGACUUCAAGAGGGUCCGCAUGGACACUGGUGGUCUGGGACAUGGGCCAUGCAACCAUAACCUCACCCAGACUCACUCUCUUCAAGGGUCAUCAGCCAUGGGCAUGCAGAGGAAAAAUUACAUGAUGCCCCACGGAGUGGGCUCAGACAUAUUCAACAUGACCCUGAAGGAAAUGAAAAAGGAGCCCAUCGAGGUCCCGUCUUGUGGCCAGUCGAACACAGAGAUGAUUUUUGACUUCAAGGACGAAGGUGGUGUUCAGAUUGACCCAGAUCUGCAGGACCUGUUUGAUGAGCUGACAAAGACAGUGCCCCCGCUGAACGAUCUGGAGUUCGAGAAGAUGCUGAAACAGGAUGAUACGUUCGGGUUGGAUCUAGGUCGGCCAAGCUCAGCAGGCGCAGCUGCCAGUCUGUGUUCCCCAAUGGAGAAGCAGAUUAAGAUGGAGCACUCCCCGGAUUUUGGCCAGGUUCACUGUGGCUCGCCACAGCUCCGGCCAGCCUCAGCAGGGCCCUCUUUUACAUUGACCAGCACCUCGUCCACCAACACGUCGCAGAAAGCUAACACUCAGGCAGGACACCCCAGAGCCAUGCCCUGCUGGCCGGAAAUAUCCCACGCAGAGCAGCUGAAGCUGAUGGCCGCAAACCAGCAGCAGCCCAGCUCUCUGCUCCAUCUCCACCACCAACCGCCACCUGUGGGACUGACCAGCUGGGCUCCUGCCAUGAGCAGCCACGCCGCCACCAGCACCUUCGCCCAGGACAAUGUCUCCAGCACGGCCCAGGUUAGCCAGCAGAGGAUCGGCCCCCAGAGUAAAGGGAUCAACAACUGCCUCUUCAAGUCAAACGGCCACGGUGGCUCCCAUCACUUGGACAUGAAGGUUCUUAGCACCAAGCCCACAUUGCACUUCAGCCCCAAAGCGCCCCAUUCGGCCAGUCUACCGAUGUCUAUCAUGGCCGGCGCGGUGAACAAGACUUCAGCCCAGCAGCAGCAGUCGCCGUCAACCUGCCAGAAUCAGCCACAUUCAGCUCUGCACUACCAGAACCAACAGAUCUCCGCCUCAGGGGCCCUCUGUCUGCCACCCAAGUCUGUUCCCGCCGGGCUGCCGUUCAAACUGGCACAACAGCGACAGGGUGUUCCCCCUGGUCCAAGGCUGCCCAUUAAUGGAAGCUUGGGAGUCAUGUCGGCCCAGUCGCAGCCACGUGCCUCGGCGCCCAACAACCAGCAGAAAGGCCCGAUCAAAGGUCCAGCCAUGCAGAGACAGCUCAACCAACAGCAGCACACCAUCAGCAAUUCAGAUAAAGACAAUGCACACGAUCAGUUCAGUCGUCAUCUCACAAGACCACCUCCUGAUUAUAAGCAGUCAAGAAGCAUGGUGGGACUUAAGCAAGGACACAUCUUCACAGGUCAAAACUCCACCCCGUCCUCCAGCAACGGCCCAGAGAAUGACCUGCAGUCCAUGUCUUGUCACCUCCCCAGUGGGUCUGGUUCAAAGAUGGGUCCUUCACCAUCGGAGCGCAGAUUUGGCAUCGCACCUGACUGCCAUCAGACUCCUUGUAUCGGCCAAUUCCAGCAGCACAACAGUCAGAAUAAAAUUGGACUCAAUCAAAAUAAACCUAGGUUCCUGGGACCAAACACGCAAGGGGGUUCCUUUGGGAUGAGCAAUGCAGCAGGUGUACAACAUCCGAGAAUGACAGCUGACCUGCAUUCCUCGGGGGUGCCGGGGCAGGGUCUCGGAGGCUUAUUGGCAAAUGUCAACAUGGGCUGGGGCUCGGCCAACAAGCAAGUGACAACUGGACUCGGUGUUAGGCGGUUACCCAACCCGCUACAGUCACAGGGUGCGCAGCUGGACAUGCCGAACCACCCGUACCAGCAGAGGCACAUCGGCCCUCCGAACCAGGUAGCACCAGAUAUAGGGAUGCUCCCUCUUAACCCUUCGCUAAGAGACACAGGCCCAAGACCAAGCCAGCCAAUCAUGGGCUCUCCAUCGGCGGUGGGAAACCUGAACCAGGCCUCUCCUGAACAGAGGGUGCCAGCAGGCAACUUUGCAGAGCCCAGCCCCGGUUCUACCAGCUACCACCAGAAUAGCAGAGCCAGCCGCCUGACCUUUGACUUCCUGCCUGAGGGAGACAACACAGUCCCCGGCAUCAACACAGACUCAGACUUCAUAGACUCCCUGCUCAAGUCUGGCUCUGGGAAUGAUGACUGGAUGAAAGACAUCAAUUUGGACGAGAUUCUCGGCAGUCACUCGUGAAUUUUUGGUCACAGCUUACAAAGAUAAAAAAAUAAAAAAUGGAGCCAAAGCUCAAACUAUAGAGGUUAUGUGUGCAAGGUGGAAAGAGUAACAUUUGUAAAUAAUGGUAAAAAAAAAUGGAAUUUUAUAAACUCAUAAUAUUUGUUAUCCAAUUAAUAUUGUACUGUUUUAUAUUGUAUUUACUGUGAAAGGAUUUUUUUUCUGUCAUUAGUACUCAUGAUAUUUUGUUCCUGGUAUAUUGUUCAAGAAAGUGCAAAGAUCUCUUUGCAGCCACUGUUUUUUUGGUCAGUCAUAUUCAAGCUGUAGUGCUGUCCUGUAGGAUAAGAUACCAAGUUCACACUGUGAAAAGAAAACAUUGCUGUGUUGCGUUCAAGUUCAUCUCGGUAAUCCAAGUUAAGUGUCUUAAUUUCCACCCACUAACGCAUGAAAUGGUAUUUACCUUCAGAUGUUUUUGCUAUCAUACGGACACAGAAUCUUACCACGACAGGUGUUUUUUUCUUUUUUCUUACUGUUCAAGAUUUUUGAUCUGUGGUAGUUUUUGAUGCAGUUGAAAUAAUGUAACCAUUUUUUCCCAUGUGAUAUUUAAUAAUUAUUGGGAUAGUAUUAAAACAUUAUAAUACAGGCAAUUAAUAAAAUUGAUUUGAAUAAA